UUUUAUUAAGAACUUAGCAGAAUAUUAUAAAUUUUAAAUAGAUAAGAUGGUAAAAGUUCGUGCAGGAAUCAACGGAUUUGGAAGGAUUGGACGCAUUUUUUUGCGAAUUGCAACUCAAAGUAGCGAUAUUGAAGUAGUAGCAAUCAAUGAUCCUUUUAUAUCACCUGAAUAUAUGGAAUAUUUAUUUAAACAUGAUUCAGUUCAUGGUCAAUUUCAGGGAGAAGUUUCAUCAACUGGAUCUAGUUUAAUUGUGAAUGGAAAGGCGAUUAGUGUUUUUUCAGAGAGAAAUCCAGAAUUAAUUCCAUGGGGUUCAUCUGGAGCAGAAUACAUUGUUGAAUCAACGGGAGUCUUUACAGCAGAAUCUCAAGCAUCAUUACAUCUUGAAGGGGGCGCUAAGAAAGUUAUUAUAAGUGCACCUUCAAAAGAUGCACCUAUGUUUGUCUGUGGAGUUAAUCUUGAUGCCUAUGAUCCUUCAAAAAAGGUUAUUUCAAAUGCAUCAUGCACAACGAAUUGUUUAGCACCUUUAGCUAAAGUAAUUCAUGAUAAUUUUGAAAUUAUAGAGGGUUUAAUGACAACUGUUCAUGCUACUACAGCAACUCAAAAUACUGUUGAUGGUGUAUCUCAAAAGGAUUGGAGAGGUGGAAGAUCUGCAUUUGGAAAUAUAAUUCCAUCAGAAACAGGUGCAGCUAAAGCUGUGGGAAAAGUAAUUCCUUCACUUAGUGGAAAACUUACUGGAAUGGCAUUUCGUGUCCCUGUAGCUAACGUAUCAGUUGUGGAUUUAACUGUUCGUGUUAGAAAACCUACAACAUUUUCUGAACUUAAACAAGCAAUUAAAGCUUCAUCAUCUGGAGAGUUUUCUGGAAUAUUGUCAUAUGUUGAAAAGGAUGUUGUUUCAUCCGACUUCGUCGGUUCAAGUUAUAGUUCAAUAUUUGAUGCAAAGGCUAGUAUAGCUCUAAAUGAUAAUUUUUUCAAACUUAUAUCAUGGUAUGAUAAUGAAUGGGGUUAUAGCUCUCGCAUAUGCGAUUUAAUUCGAUUCAUUGCAUCCCAAGAUGAAAAGGCGCGUGUUUAAUUUUAUUUUUUAAAAAUAAAAACCUCUAAUAAAAAUUACUUUAUUA